GCUUUGUCAUAAAGGACGCCUCACUGGAUGUCUGAGAGCAGACCCGCAUCUUGGACCGAGAGGCAAACACACCUUUUGACCAACGCAGCAGUGACAACUUGACAAGCCAAGUGGAUGUCGGAAGAAGCCGUACGACGCAGAGAAAACCUGAGAGCGAACGACACGUGUGUCUGAACACGCCUGAUCACUUGAGCACCGCAUGCGCUCCAAGAUGGGGACACCUGGAGGGGUGUUCCUGUUCCUCCUCGUGCUGAUCACCGCUGGAAACAUUCCAGCUGUCCAGUUCGAUUGCAAAGGAACCAGGUGUCGAGCAGGCUUGGACUGCAUUGGGGGGGCGAGAUGUGCCGACCCUUGUGAGAACUACGUGGAACUGAAAGACGACUGGCGUGCCAUAGAAACUCCUCCUUUGACGAACAACUGUGAUGAACACAUUGAGAGGAAGGGCUGGGUUCGUCUGUUCCUAGGUGGCAGGAGUGCACAUAUUCCUGAGCACUGUGUAGGACCUCUGAGAUGUGGGACCGGUGCACCAAUGUGGAUGGCUGGACAACAUCCCACACAACUGGGUGAACUUGUACCUCGCACAGUGUGUUCUUCCUUUUAUGGAGGUUGCUGCAUUCACCAGAAUAAGACCAUCCAUGUCAAGCUGUGCUCUAAUGCUGAUUCCAUCUUCUACGUGUACAAACUGGUCAAGCCACCCGGAUGCAAUUACGCCUACUGUGCAGAAUUGGAUCCUCCGCGCCUCAGUCAGAUUAUUUGUGGCCCUGACAAAAUUGAAGUGGGCGUGGCUAGAGCGAACAUGACGGCCGCUGGUUAUGAACCACUGACUGCCCACCUGGCAUUCCACAACUGUUCCUGGACCAGGGAGCAAGAUGGUGUCGUGUGGUUCAAAGCUGACAUCUGGGCCGGUGCCUGUGGAAACACACUGACGACCAACAGCACACAUGUCAUCUACUCCAACACUUUAUCCAUCCAGCCAGCAAAGAGUGAUUCCUCUCCCCCCCUGCGUCUUCCUUUUUCAUGCGAGUAUCCCCUGAAGACAGACGCCAGACUGAAAGUGAACAUCCAGUUGCCCAAUGAAGAGGUUGGUCAGCACCACAAUCUCCCCCUGGUCAUCGGUGAUCCAUCACACCAAUCUGGAGCUGUGAAGGUGGACCCACCACGCUGGGAGGAAGGUGCCUUUGUUGGCACAGGUGCCACCCAGGCCUCCAUGACCCUGCUCCAGGAAUCGAAAUAUACAGAGACUUAUGCAGCAGGUGCGGAGGGCUUUCAGUUACAUGUGGGGGUCUCUGUGGACAAGAGUGAUCCCAGCUUGGUGGUUGUUUUGGAGGACUGCUUCGCUUCUCCCUCAUCAGAUUCUGAUCGUACUGGACAAUACUCCCUCAUCCAAAACAAGUGUCCCACUAAGCGCCAGCAAGUGUCUGUGAUUGAGAGCGGCUCGUCCCACCAGGCUCGUUUCUCCGCCCUGCUCUUCCUUCUUCAGGGAGAACCCCGAGAUUUUGACCUCCACUGCAGGCUCAGCCUGUGUGACCAGAGGAGUUCCUCCUGCAGUCCGGGUUGUGAAGAUUUGGAUCCCACAUUCCCCAGUCGGCUCAUUUGUGGCUCUGACAAAAUGGAAGUGGGCAUGGAUUCGGCUCACGUAAGACGCGCUGGUUUUAACCCACUGACUGCCCACCUGGCAUUCCGCAACUCUUCCCGGGCCAGGGUGCAAGAUGGUGUCGUGUGGUACGAAGCUGACGCUCAGGCGGGUGCCUGUGGAAACACACUGACGACCAACAGCACACAUGUCAUCUACUCCAACACUUUAUUCAUCUAUCCGGAAAGCGCUGCGUUCUCCUAUCUCCCCCUGAGACUUCCUGUGUCAUGCGUGUAUCCCUUGAAGACAGACACCAGACUGACCAUCACAUCCAUCCUGGCGCCCAAUGAAGAGGUUGGUCAGCACCACAAUCUCCCCCCUGAUGAUCCAGCACGCCAAAGCGGAGCUGCAAAGGUGGACCCACCACGCUGGAUGGAAGGUGUCUUUGUUGGCUUGGGUUCCGACGUGAGAGCCUCCAUGGUCCUGUUCCAUAGAUGGGACUAUACAGAGCCUUAUGCAGCAGGUCCGGUGGUCCUUCCACUGGGCUCACAGUUACAUGUGGGGGUCUCUGUGGACAAGAGUGAUCCCAGCUUGGUGGUCGUAUUGGAGGACUGCUUCGCCUCUCACUCAUCAGAUCCUGACACUCCUGAGAGAUUCUCCCUCAUCCGCAGCAAAUGUCCCGCUAACCGCCAACAAGUGUUUAAGGUUGAGAGCGGCUCAUCCCUCCAGGCUCAUUUCUCCACCCUGCCCUUCGCUCUUGAGGGACAAAACCAAGAUGUUUACCUCCACUGCAGCCUCAGCCUGUGUGAGCGCAGGGGUUCCUCUUGCAGUCCCGUUUGUGAAGAUUUGGAUCCACCACUCCUCAGUCAGCUUAUUUGUGGCCCUGGCAAAAUACAAGUGGGUGUGAACGCAGCCAGCGCAAGACAUGCUGGUUAUGAACCACUGACUGGCCACCUGGCACUUGUCAGCUGUGCCCAGACCAGGGAGCAAGAUGGCGUCAUGUGGUACGAAGCUGACACCCGGGCCGGUGCCUGUGGAAACACACUGACGACCAACAGCACACAUGCCAUCUACUCCAACACUUUAUCCAUCCAGCCAGCAAAGAAUGCUUCCUCUCCCCCCCUGCGUCUUCCUUUGUCAUGCGAGUAUCCCCUGAAGACAGACGCCAGACUGAAAGUGAACAUCCAGUUGCCCAAUGAAGAGGUUGGUCAGCACCAGAAUCUCCCCCUGGUCAUCGGUGAUCCAUCACACCAAUCUGGAGCUGUGAAGGUGGACCCACCACGCUGGCAAGUGGAGGAAGGUGCCUUUGUUGGCACAGGUGCCACCCAGGCCUCCAUGACCCUGCUCCAGGAAUCGAAAUAUACAGAGACUUAUGCAGCAGGUGCGGAGGGCUUUCAGUUACAUGUGGGGGUCUCUGUGGACAAGAGUGAUCCCAGCUUGGUGGUUGUUUUGGAGGACUGCUUCGCUUCUCCCUCAUCAGAUUCUGAUCGUACUGGACAAUACUCCCUCAUCCAAAACAAGUGUCCCACUAAGCGCCAGCAAGUGUCUGUGAUUGAGAGCGGCUCAUCCCACCAGGCUCGUUUCUCCGCCCUGCUCUUCCUUCUUCAGGGAGAACCCCGAGAUUUUGACCUCCACUGCAGGCUCAGCCUGUGUGACCAGAGGAGUUCCUCCUGCAGUCCGGGUUGUGAAGAUUUGGAUCCCACAUUCCCCAGUCGGCUCAUUUGUGGCUCUGGCAAAAUGGAAGUGGGCAUGGAUUCGGCUCACGUAAGACGCGCUGGUUUUAACCCACUGACUGCCCACCUGGCAUUCCGCAACUCUUCCCGGGCCAGGGUGCAAGAUGGUGUCGUGUGGUACGAAGCUGACGCUCAGGCGGGUGCCUGUGGAAACACACUGACGACCAACAGCACACAUGUCAUCUACUCCAACACUUUAUUCAUCUAUCCGGAAAGCGCUGCGUUCUCCUAUCUCCCCCUGAGACUUCCUGUGUCAUGCGUGUAUCCCUUGAAGACAGACACCAGACUGACCAUCACAUCCAUCCUGGCGCCCAAUGAAGAGGUUGGUCAGCACCACAAUCUCCCCCCUGAUGAUCCAGCACGCCAAAGCGGAGCUGCAAAGGUGGACCCACCACGCUGGAUGGAAGGUGUCUUUGUUGGCUUGGGUUCCGACGUGAGAGCCUCCAUGGUCCUGUUCCAUAGAUGGGACUAUACAGAGCCUUAUGCAGCAGGUCCGGUGGUCCUUCCACUGGGCUCACAGUUACAUGUGGGGGUCUCUGUGGACAAGAGUGAUCCCAGCUUGGUGGUCGUAUUGGAGGACUGCUUCGCCUCUCACUCAUCAGAUCCUGACACUCCUGAGAGAUUCUCCCUCAUCCGCAGCAAAUGUCCCGCUAACCGCCAACAAGUGUUUGAGGUUGAGAGCGGCUCAUCCCUCCAGGCUCAUUUCUCCACCCUGCCCUUCGCUCUUGAGGGACAAAACCAAGAUGUUUACCUCCACUGCAGCCUCAGCCUGUGUGAGCGCAGGGGUUCCUCUUGCAGUCCCGUUUGUGAAGAUUUGGAUCCACCACUCCUCAGUCAGCUUAUUUGUGGCCCUGGCAAAAUACAAGUGGGUGUGAACGCAGCCAGCGCAAGACAUGCUGGUUAUGAACCACUGACUGGCCACCUGGCACUUGUCAGCUGUGCCCAGACCAGGGAGCAAGAUGGCGUCAUGUGGUACGAAGCUGACACCCGGGCCGGUGCCUGUGGAAACACACUGACGACCAACAGCACACAUGCCAUCUACUCCAACACUUUAUCCAUCCAGCCAGCAAAGAAUGCUUCCUCUCCCACCCUGCGUCUUCCUUUGUCAUGCGAGUAUCCCCUGAAGACAGACGCCAGACUGAAAGUGAACAUCCAGUUGCCCAAUGAAGAGGUUGGUCAGCACCAGAAUCUCCCCCUGGUCAUCGGUGAUCCAUCACACCAAUCUGGAGCUGUGAAGGUGGACCCACCACGCUGGCAAGUGGAGGAAGGUGCCUUUGUUGGCACAGGUGCCACCCAGGCCUCCAUGACCCUGCUCCAGGAAUCGAAAUAUACAGAGACUUAUGCAGCAGGUGCGGAGGGCUUUCAGUUACAUGUGGGGGUCUCUGUGGACAAGAGUGAUCCCAGCUUGGUGGUUGUUUUGGAGGACUGCUUCGCUUCUCCCUCAUCAGAUUCUGAUCGUACUGGACAAUACUCCCUCAUCCAAAACAAGUGUCCCACUAAGCGCCAGCAAGUGUCUGUGAUUGAGAGCGGCUCAUCCCACCAGGCUCGUUUCUCCGCCCUGCUCUUCCUUCUUCAGGGAGAACCCCGAGAUUUUGACCUCCACUGCAGGCUCAGCCUGUGUGACCAGAGGAGUUCCUCCUGCAGUCCGGGUUGUGAAGAUUUGGAUCCCACAUUCCCCAGUCGGCUCAUUUGUGGCUCUGGCAAAAUGGAAGUGGGCAUGGAUUCGGCUCACGUAAGACGCGCUGGUUUUAACCCACUGACUGCCCACCUGGCAUUCCGCAACUCUUCCCGGGCCAGGGUGCAAGAUGGUGUCGUGUGGUACGAAGCUGACGCUCAGGCGGGUGCCUGUGGAAACACACUGACGACCAACAGCACACAUGUCAUCUACUCCAACACUUUAUUCAUCUAUCCGGAAAGCGCUGCGUUCUCCUAUCUCCCCCUGAGACUUCCUGUGUCAUGCGUGUAUCCCUUGAAGACAGACACCAGACUGACCAUCACAUCCAUCCUGGCGCCCAAUGAAGAGGUUGGUCAGCACCACAAUCUCCCCCCUGAUGAUCCAGCACGCCAAAGCGGAGCUGCAAAGGUGGACCCACCACGCUGGAUGGAAGGUGUCUUUGUUGGCUUGGGUUCCGACGUGAGAGCCUCCAUGGUCCUGUUCCAUAGAUGGGACUAUACAGAGCCUUAUGCAGCAGGUCCGGUGGUCCUUCCACUGGGCUCACAGUUACAUGUGGGGGUCUCUGUGGACAAGAGUGAUCCCAGCUUGGUGGUCGUAUUGGAGGACUGCUUCGCCUCUCACUCAUCAGAUCCUGACACUCCUGAGAGAUUCUCCCUCAUCCGCAGCAAAUGUCCCGCUAACCGCCAACAAGUGUUUGAGGUUGAGAGCGGCUCAUCCCUCCAGGCUCAUUUCUCCACCCUGCCCUUCGCUCUUGAGGGACAAAACCAAGAUGUUUACCUCCACUGCAGCCUCAGCCUGUGUGAGCGCAGGGGUUCCUCUUGCAGUCCCAUUUGUGAAGAUUUGGAUCCACCACUCCUCAGUCAGCUUAUUUGUGGCCCUGGCAAAAUACAAGUGGGUGUGAACGCAGCCAGCGCAAGACAUGCUGGUUAUGAACCACUGACUGGCCACCUGGCACUUGUCAGCUGUGCCCAGACCAGAGAGCAAGAUGGCGUCAUGUGGUACGAAGCUGACACCCGGGCCGGUGCCUGUGGAAACACACUGACGACCAACAGCACACAUGCCAUCUACUCCAACACUUUAUCCAUCCAGCCAGCAAAGAAUGCUUCCUCUCCCCCCCUGCGUCUUCCUUUGUCAUGCGAGUAUCCCCUGAAGACAGACGCCAGACUGAAAGUGAACAUCCAGUUGCCCAAUGAAGAGGUUGGUCAGCACCAGAAUCUCCCCCUGGUCAUCGGUGAUCCAUCACACCAAUCUGGAGCUGUGAAGGUGGACCCACCACGCUGGCAAGUGGAGGAAGGUGCCUUUGUUGGCACAGGUGCCACCCAGGCCUCCAUGACCCUGCUCCAGGAAUCGAAAUAUACAGAGACUUAUGCAGCAGGUGCGGAGGGCUUUCAGUUACAUGUGGGGGUCUCUGUGGACAAGAGUGAUCCCAGCUUGGUGGUUGUUUUGGAGGACUGCUUCGCUUCUCCCUCAUCAGAUUCUGAUCGUACUGGACAAUACUCCCUCAUCCAAAACAAGUGUCCCACUAAGCGCCAGCAAGUGUCUGUGAUUGAGAGCGGCUCAUCCCACCAGGCUCGUUUCUCCGCCCUGCUCUUCCUUCUUCAGGGAGAACCCCGAGAUUUUGACCUCCACUGCAGGCUCAGCCUGUGUGACCAGAGGAGUUCCUCCUGCAGUCCGGGUUGUGAAGAUUUGGAUCCCACAUUCCCCAGUCGGCUCAUUUGUGGCUCUGGCAAAAUGGAAGUGGGCAUGGAUUCGGCUCACGUAAGACGCGCUGGUUUUAACCCACUGACUGCCCACCUGGCAUUCCGCAACUCUUCCCGGGCCAGGGUGCAAGAUGGUGUCGUGUGGUACGAAGCUGACGCUCAGGCGGGUGCCUGUGGAAACACACUGACGACCAACAGCACACAUGUCAUCUACUCCAACACUUUAUUCAUCUAUCCGGAAAGCGCUGCGUUCUCCUAUCUCCCCCUGAGACUUCCUGUGUCAUGCGUGUAUCCCUUGAAGACAGACACCAGACUGACCAUCACAUCCAUCCUGGCGCCCAAUGAAGAGGUUGGUCAGCACCACAAUCUCCCCCCUGAUGAUCCAGCACGCCAAAGCGGAGCUGCAAAGGUGGACCCACCACGCUGGAUGGAAGGUGUCUUUGUUGGCUUGGGUUCCGACGUGAGAGCCUCCAUGGUCCUGUUCCAUAGAUGGGACUAUACAGAGCCUUAUGCAGCAGGUCCGGUGGUCCUUCCACUGGGCUCACAGUUACAUGUGGGGGUCUCUGUGGACAAGAGUGAUCCCAGCUUGGUGGUCGUAUUGGAGGACUGCUUCGCCUCUCACUCAUCAGAUCCUGACACUCCUGAGAGAUUCUCCCUCAUCCGCAGCAAAUGUCCCGCUAACCGCCAACAAGUGUUUGAGGUUGAGAGCGGCUCAUCCCUCCAGGCUCAUUUCUCCACCCUGCCCUUCGCUCUUGAGGGACAAAACCAAGAUGUUUACCUCCACUGCAGCCUCAGCCUGUGUGAGCGCAGGGGUUCCUCUUGCAGUCCCGUUUGUGAAGAUUUGGAUCCACCACUCCUCAGUCAGCUUAUUUGUGGCCCUGGCAAAAUACAAGUGGGUGUGAACGCAGCCAGCGCAAGACAUGCUGGUUAUGAACCACUGACUGGCCACCUGGCACUUGUCAGCUGUGCCCAGACCAGGGAGCAAGAUGGUGUCGUGUGGUACGAAGCUGACACCCGGGCCGGUGCCUGUGGAAACACACUGACGACCAACAGCACACAUGUCAUCUACUCCAACACUUUAUUCAUCUAUCAAGCAAGGAGUGCCUUCUCUCUGCCCCUGAGACUUCCUUUGUCAUGCGUGUAUCCCCUGAAGACAGACGCCAGACUGAACGUGACCAUCAGACCCGCCUCCUUUUUCUCUGUACAAGCGCUUCAUCAAGACAGGGGACCCAUUCCGACCCGCUCAGCAGCAAAAAGACCCAGUGGUCAGCACCACAAUCUCCCCCCUGUUGAUCCGUCACACCAAUCUGGAGCUGUGAAGGUGGACCCACCACGCUGGAUGGAAGGUGUCUUUGUUGGCUCAGGUGCCAAGGUCAGAGCCUCCAUGGUCCUGUUCAAGAAACCGGACUAUACGGAGCCUUAUGCAGCAAGUCCGGUGGUACUUCCAUUGGUCUCACAGUUACAUGUGGGGGUCUCUGUGGACAAGAGUGAUCCCAGCUUGGUGGUUGUUUUGGACGACUGCUUCGCUUCUCCCUCACCAGAUCCUGACACUCCUGAGCGAGUGUCCCUCAUCCACAACAAAAGUGCCACUAAGCGCCAGCAAGUGUCUGUGGUUCAGAGCGGCUCGUCCCACCAGGCUCGUUUCUCCACCCCGUUAUUCCCUCUUCAGAAAGAAUACCAAGAUGUUUACCUCUAUUGCAGCCUCAGCCUGUGUGACCGCAGGAGUUCCUCCUGCAUUCAGCUUUCUGACGCACUGGGUGUUUCACUCAGUCACCUAAGUUGUGGCCCUGACAAAAUUGAAGUGGGCGUGGACACAGCUAGCAUGACUGCCGCUGGUUUGGACCCACUGACUGGCCACCUGGCAUCCCCUACCUGUUCCCGGGCCAGGGUGCAAAAUGGUGUCGUUUGGUACGAAGCUGACAGCCAGGCGGGUGCCUGUGGAAACAUCUUGCAGACCAACAGCACGCAUAUCCUCUACAACAACACUUUAUUCAUCUAUCCAGCAAGCAGUGCCACCGUCGCUUCCGCCGCGAUUCUUUAUUGGUCAUGCGUGUAUCCCCUGGACACAGACACCAGACUGAACGUGGCUGUCAGACCCGUCCUUUUGCCCAGAGAAGAGGUUGGUCAGCACCACAAUCUCCCCCCUGUUGAUCCGUCACACCAAUCUGGAGCUGUGAAGGUGGACCCACCACGCCGGAUGGAAGGCGUCUUUGUUGGCUCAGGUGCCAAGGUCAGAGUCUCCAUGGUCCUGUUCAAGAAUUGGGACUAUAAGGAGACUUACCCAGAAGGUGUGGUGGUUCUUCCAGUGGGCUCACAGUUACAUGUGGGGGUCUCUGUGGACAAGAGUGAUCCCAGCUUGGUGGUUGUUUUGGAGGACUGCUUCGCUUCUCCCUCACCAGAUCCUGACACUCCUGAGCGAGUGUCCCUCAUCCACAACAAAUGUCCCAUUAAGCGCCAGAAAGUGUUUGUGAUUGAGAGCGGCUCAUCCCUUCAGGCACGUUUCUCGGCCCAGGUCUACCCUCUUGAUCAGGAAUACCGAGAUGUUUACCUCCACUGCAGUCUCAGCCUGUGUGACCAGAGGAGUGCAUUCUGCAUCCCGUCCUGCCCGGGGAGAGCAAAACGCUCCGUCCCAAAGUCUCCUCCAAUGAAGCCACUAACCAUUGGACCAAUCACUUGGGAGAAACCAUCUGAGUGACAUCCAUGGCCAAGUCUUUUUUUGAUACUCUGACAUGUAUAAUCACUCCAAAUGUCAGAAAGUAUUCAUGACAAAACACAAUUUAUGGAGCUGUAAUUUCACUGACGCAUUUAAAAAAUAAUCUUUUUGGAAAGUUAUUGCCAAAUCAGCAUUUAUGGUCAUGGAACUUCAUUGAAGUGUUUUUUGAUAUUCUGAUGUGUUAUUGACAAAUCAGCAUUCGUGGUCGUAUAUUGUUGGUCUUUUUUUGAUAUUCUGACAUGUAUCAUCGAAAAGUCAGAAAAGUGUUGAGAACGGUUGUGUAAAUCACCAGCGAUGUAUUCAGUGGUGCGUUUGGGGGUCUCCAACAAGCUCCCCAGCUGAUGUCGAAUAGGCAGACUAAUUGCUUUAAUUCUUGAAUAUUUGUAUUUGUUCAAUCCAGACAUGAUGCCUGUAUGUAGUGAUCCAAACAGCAUAAAGACAAUGAGCACACUGAGUUGCAAAUCAUUUUAAAAAGAUUAGAGAAAAUAUUGGAGAUCCUAAUAUAUUAGAGUAUAUAUAAAUGGAUGUACUACCUGGAUGCAGUUGGUUGAUUAUGAUUGUAUUUAUUGAUUAUUGGUAUUUUAUUGUCGUAGCCACCUGCCUAGGGAUUUGAGAGAUGGAAAAGCGCUACAGCACAAUUUUGUUAAAACGAGCUGCAGGACGAUUUUUUUCAUGGUAUUUUGUCGAAGGCACCUGCCCAGGUGGAACAAGCUGCAGCAUGAUUUUUGAUGGUAUUUUGUCGAGGAAAUGAGGUGCAGCUCGAGCUGGUGUAAUGCAUGGCUUUUUGUAUAAUGAACAUGUUAAAGCAUUGUUCCUGUAACAACAAUAAACUUGAUUAUAAAA